UUAUAAUUUGUUCAACAACAGCAUCAACACCCACCGGGCCUGUAGCAGCCAGCAGAAAGCAGGCAGUGUUUUAGACACUUGCAGGUCACAAGUUCACACAUCAUUAAGUUGCACCAGCACCCACUCGUCGAGUUGUGAUUGAUGUUGAAUAAAGCACGCACGAUAAAAAUGGAGACGAGGCGGGACACGAGGAGUGACAUCAGCAAGGUGCUGACGAUUUUUCAUUGUGUAGCGUAUGUCGUAUCUUCAGCGCAGCGCUGCCACCAGUAGAAAUGUAAAAAGCUUCAGCUAGCCCUAGGACCCAUAGCAACAAUAUUAAAGUCAACCUCAAUUAUCGCCAUUGAAAGUCAGCUUCUUGACUUUUGAGGUUUUGUUUUCGUUUUCCAGGACCAGCACACACGACGACGACACCCAUUCUUUCACCCGUUCAAGUACUGUAAAUUUUUCCACCAGCAGCUCACCCAGAAUGGACAUCCCGCUUCCCUCUGCCGCCGACCAGCACCCGACGCAGAAUCCUAACAGCAUGACACCCGAUUACAUGUCUGCCUCGACUCGGAGCAACACCGGGCGGCCAGCGGAUGAAAUCGCCAGUGAGCACGGCGACGAUCAAAACAACAUGUCUAGUUCCUUCCGCGAGAACGCCAUGACCGCAUCGCAGUAUCUGCGAAACGUCGCGAACAACCCCAACGUGCAGGCGGGGGUGGAUCAGAUUGCGGGGACCGCGAGGGAAAUUAAGCUGUACGUGUCCACCAAUCCGAGCAGCGAAAGGGCGAUCUGCCUGAUUGGCGGGUUUGCGCUCAUGUUCACCUGCUUUCUGUACAUUAUCGACGUGUUUCUCAUUUUCUCCAUGCUGCCGCACUACCUCACCUACUGGUUCCUGUGCGUCUUCGGCGCCGCCAUAGCGACACUAAACGGCCACUGGGCACUACCGACACAGGAGCUGUUGCUCAAAUACUGCUAUUUCCUACACGUCAAGGACGGAAGAGCGUUCACAUUCUGCUUCCUAGGUAGCUAUGAAGUUUUUGGCUCUAUUCACUGAUUUGGCUAUAUCUGGUGCCGCCCUCGCCCUUUUCUAUCAUGUCUACAGAACGUCAAGUAGAUCUAGAUGUUGAUCAGGCGAAUAUAGUCCUUGUCAUGCGCAUGGACAUGCAGCUCCUUCCACCAGACGAUCAUGAUAACAGCAGUAGCAGAAAAGAAUAAGUAUGAGUUUGACUUGAAACCCACAUUGAUACAGGUGUUCUCCUCAUCGCGCUCAAUGAUUGGUUUGCGAACUACAUAACGGGAAUCUACCUGAUAUGCACGGGGAUUAUGAUUGGUAUGCUCGCAGUGCAGGAAAGGAGGUUAGCCGCGGAGGCCCCUGCAGAAAAUCAAGUUUACGAUCAGAUGUGAAAAUGAUAAAUGAACGGACAUCAAGAAGGACAUGGAUGAGAACCUGUGCUUGUACUGUGUUUUUUCACCAAGCACAGGCUGAUAGAGCUUGCAGUCACACAGAGCGCCACGUUUCAGUAUAUCAAUAUGCAAAGGCUCUGGCUCACAACUUCAACUGUAGCACGCCAGAGCAGGAGCAACAU